UCGCGUUGUUCCGCGUUUCCUCCUCUUUCACUCUCAGAGUACAACAUGGCAGUCGGCAAGAAUAAGAGGCUGACCAAAGGAGGCAAGAAGGGUGCCAAAAAGAAGAUUGUUGAUCCCUUUUCCAAGAAAGACUGGUAUGAUGUCAAGGCGCCAGCCAUGUUCAACAUCAGAAACCUCGGCAAGACUCUUGUGACAAGGACACAGGGAACCAAAAUUGCCUCAGAUGGCCUGAAGGGACGUGUGUUUGAGGUGAGUCUUGCUGAUCUGCAGAACGACGAAGUUGCCUUCCGUAAAUUCAAGCUGAUGACGGAAGAUGUCCAGGGCAAGAACUGUCUGACCAACUUCCAUGGAAUGGACCUUACUCGUGACAAGAUGUGCUCAAUGGUCAAGAAAUGGCAGACCAUGAUUGAAGCUCAUGUUGAUGUCAAGACAACUGAUGGAUAUCUGCUCCGCCUAUUCUGCGUGGGAUUCACCAAGAAGCGCGCCAACCAAAUCCGUAAAACCUCCUAUGCCCAGCAACAGCAGGUCCGCCAGAUCCGCAAGAAGAUGAUGGAGAUCAUGACCCGAGAGGUGCAGACCAAUGACCUCAAGGAAGUCGUCAACAAACUGAUCCCCGACAGCGUUGGCAAGGACAUUGAGAAGGCUUGUCAGUCCAUCUACCCCCUGCAUGAUGUUUUUGUAAGGAAAGUUAAGAUGCUGAAGAAACCCAAGUUUGAAUUGGGCAAACUGAUGGAGCUUCACGGAGAAGGUGGUGCCAGCAGCACCAGUGCCAAGCCUAGUGGCGAUGAGACUGGUGCUAAAGUUGAAAGGGCUGAUGGAUAUGAGCCUCCAGUCCAGGAAGCAGUCUAAUUAUUACAGACCCACAUUCAAUAAAAAAAAAUGUAAAAUCCUGA